AUGUCGCGCGCCCGCCUCCUCCUAACCCUCAUCGUAACAGCAGCCCUCAUCCCCCUGACCGCGAUCAUCUACCGCCGCCUCGACCUGUCCCUGACAAGCACCUCCGUCCUCCGCCCUUUCUCCCCAUCCCCAAAGUCGUCACUGGAAGAAAUGCCGCCGCAGUCGGCGCCCUCCCAGGCCGCCGCUGUCAUAGUCGUCGGCUCGGGCCUCGCCGGCCUGACGGCCUCCUACUCGGCCCUCCGCGCCGGCGCCCGCUCGGUCGUCCUGCUCGAGCGCGCCCCGAAGCCCGGCGGCAACAGCAUCAAGGCCUCGAGCGGCAUCAACGGCUGCCCGACGCGCCACCAGCCCCAGCCCAACCCGGACUCGGUCGCCGCCUUCCGCGCCGACACGGUCCGCAGCGCCGGCAGGCGGCUCGAGGGCGCCGCCACGGCCAACCCGGCGGCCCAGCGCGCGGCGCGCGAGCGCCUCGUCGACGCCCUGACCGAGGGCUCCCGCGCCGCGGUCGAGUUCCUGACCGACGAGGUCGGCGUCGACCUCUCGCGCGUCGCGCAGCUCGGCGGCCACUCGUUCGCGCGCACGCACCGCGGCUCGGGCAAGACGCCGCCCGGCGCGGCCAUCGUGACGGCCCUGCUGGCCAAGCUCAAGGAGGACGCCAAGUUCGAGCUGCGCACGGGCUGCGAGGUCUCCCGCCUGCUGCGCGACGACGGCAGCACCGGCACCGGCACCGCCCGCGUCACGGGCGUCGAGUACCGCACCACCACCACCACCCCUCCGCCCUCCACAGACGCUCCCGCCGCGCAACCGCAGGACGGCGCGUCGCCGCCGCCGCAGGUCCUCCGCGGCCCCGUCGUCUUCGCGACAGGCGGCUUCGCCGGCGACGCAGCCGGCCUCCUCGCCACCUACCGCCCGGACCUGGCGGGCAUGCCCUCCACCAACGAUGCCCGGCCGGGCAUGCACCACCUCCUCGAGGCCGAGCUCGGCGCCGCCCUGACGGACAUGGACGCAGUGCAGGUCCACCCGACGGGCUUCGUCGACCCAGCGAGCCCCUACGCGCCCGUCAAGUUCCUCGCGGCCGAGAUGCUCCGCGGCGAAGGGGGGAUCCUCCUCAACGGACAAGGCAGCAGGUUCGUCAACGAGAUGGACACGCGCGAGCGCGUCAGCAACGCCAUCAUGGCCAUGGCCGAGGACGCCCAGAGGCCCGAGGGCGUGCAGCAUUGGGACGUCCGCAUCCUGCUCGACCCGGGCGCCUGCGACGCCGCCGGCGCCCACAUCGGCUUCUACACCUGGAAGGGGCUCAUGAAGAAGAUCAAGGUGCGCGACCUCGACGGCCCCGCGCGCGCCGCCCUGCGCGACUACGCCGACGUCGCCGCGGGCAAGCGCGAGGACAAGUUUGGCCGGACGAGCUUCGGCCACUGGAGGCUCAAGGGCACAGAUGCCGAGGACGACGAGGAAGUCUGCAUCGGCAGUGUCACUCCUGUCACCCACUUCACCAUGGGCGGCGCCGCCAUCAACGACAAGGCUCAGAUCCUGACAUCGGCGCUGGGCGAGGACGAGAAGCCGAUCCAAGGGCUGUGGGCCGCUGGCGAAAUCACCGGCGGGCUCCAUGGCGACAACAGGCUGGGCGGAUCGUCCCUGCUCGAGUGCGUCGUCUUUGGUCUCAUCGCCGGAGAGCAAGCAGCAACGAGCCUCGACGCAACCACUUGA